AGGAUGGCUUCUCCAGCAUUUACCCCACCGCUGAUCCUCUCGGACAGGCUCCAAGACGCGGUUCUUGCAUGCGGGGGAUGCAUUGAAUCAUUUUGCUAUUACCUGGGAAAACAAGUCUGUUCUGAACUGUGGUAUAAGAGCAAAGAGAUGUUCAACAUGGCCAGGACCGAUCAACUUGAAAACUGUCCAACAUGUUACAUUCAGUGGCUCGUCUCGCAGCCAUCACGGCACUACCUCUGACUCUUGCCUCUCCAACCAUACACAAGAGACUUGCCAAUGGGCUCGCACCCACUCCUCCUAUGGGAUGGAACAGCUACAAUCAUUACAAUUGUGCUCCCAAUCAGAGCAUCAUCCAAUCCAACGCCGAUGCCUUGGUUAAUCUCGGUCUUGCAGACUUGGGCUACACUUAUGUGACUACCGACUGUGGCUGGACAAUCCCGGAUCGUGGUGCAGACGGCAAGUUGACGUGGAACGAGACACUGUUUCCUUCUGGUUUCCCUGCUGUCGGUCAGUACAUCCAUGACUUGGGCUUGGGCUUUGGGACAUACAGUGACGGCGGUGUCUUGAUGUGUGCAGGAGGCAUCAAUCAGACUGGCAGCUUGGGGUUCGAGUACACAGACGCAGAGAUCUUUGCAUCUUGGGGUGCUGAUUUACUCAAGUACGACAAUUGCUGAUCAUCAGAGAAGAAGGGCUUCCCAAACGUGGCCUAUGAGCCCAUCAGUUCCCCUCGCAAGAACUAC